AUGGUGCAGCCUGCUGGUCAUAUAUUCAAUUUGUUAGCAAUGAUGAUGGAAAACCCAAGAUCAAAUACUUUACGUGUAACCCAAGAACAGACGGAAGCACUGGCGUUUGAAUGGAAACCGAUAACGCACAAUUCGUUGAAAUAUGUCUAUUUGAUACAACCCACAAGCUACUUUCAGCAGACUGUGGAAUAUAUUUAUACCGGAGAUAUAGGAAAAUUGCCCACUAUUGGAAAACCGUGUGAAGCAACACAUUAUGAAGCUAGAGGUUACUAUAGUUGGGGUCUGGCGUUUUCUUCAUUGUUUAUAACCUAUGCCAUUGAAUAUGAACGAGUUCCGAGGAUCGAAAAUGUUCGGAUACAAAAACACUCUGAUUCGUCUUCACGUGUGACAUGGGGAAGAGAAAAGUCACCAUGUGAAUCCGACACCACAAUUAUAUUUAGGGGACAUUCAACACAUACACUGGAGAUGUUUGUCAUACCAAGAAAUGAAGUUGAAUAUUAUGUGGACCACGCAAAACUGAAGGAAAAAAGAGCAGAAGUGUUCAUUCUGUCCAACAAACAUGGGGAUCGUUUCUCUCUACCAACAAUCGAUGAAUUAUUAGACAAGAAGGUGAACGAAGAACGAUCGACAAUUCAAACGGAAUCUGCAAGUGUGACGGUGGGGAUCAAGGAGGACACGGCAACUCUCAAUACAAAUGAAUUACCAGACAAGAAGAUGAAAGAAGAACGACCGACAAUUCGAACGGAAUCUAUAAAUGUGACGGUGGGGAUCAAGGAGGACGCGACAACUCUCAAUACAUAUUCAAUUGCUUGUUUGAGUGUAACUGCUGAAAUUCUUUGUACUUUACUUGUGUCCACGUCACAUCCACAGCAUCAAGUGUUCUAUAUUCAUCAGUUUUCCAAAAUAUUGGUUCUUCAAAUAUCCUUAUACCAAUAUUGGUUGUGGUAGUUUUUGUGGUCAGCAUAAUUUUGUUUCUUCUUAUCAAAGUGUUCUAACAACAACACUGUCGUGUAUUCGUACACGUGAAUGCAACAUGUUUAUUACUGAUCAACUGUCGGUUUCAUAUUCAUAAAUAUAAAUUGUUGUCUU